AUGGUUCCUCAACUCCCUAUGUUUGGCCGAGGGCGCACCCUUCAGGCGGCCAUUACCCUUACGUGCGCAAUGGCCUUCAUUUUGUUUGGUUAUGACCAGGGUGUAUUCGGCGGCAUUGUCAACAAUGAAGAUUGGAUCAGCACCUUCCAUAGUCCGAACAGUGGUCUCGAGGGGAUUAUCGUCUCCGUAUAUAAUUUGGGUGCAUUCUCCGGAUGCAUACUGACCGUCUUUACUGGAGAGAAGAUGGGCAGACGCAUGUCUAUGUGGUUUGCAAUGGUUUGGAUUAUUGUCGGAGCUAUACUGCAGUCCACAGCGUACUCAGUGCCUCAUCUGAUUAUUGCGCGAUAUGUUACCGGCAUUGGCACUGGUGUGGAAACUUCAACCGUCCCUGUCUACCAAAGCGAGUUAUGCGAUGCCAACAAGCGCGGUAAACUCAUUUCAUCUGAAGUCUUCUUUAUCGGCCUUGGCAUUGUCAUUGCAUAUUUCUUCGACUACGGCAUGCUUCACCUCGACGGAGGUGUGGCUUGGAGAGUGCCUAUCGCAUGUCAGAUUGUGUUCGCUCUGGCUGUGAUCUUCUUUGUUCUGGGCAUCCCGGAGAGCCCCCGUUGGCUGUAUUAUCACGACCGCUACGACGAAGCGCGUAAAGUUCUCUGUGAUGUAUGGAACGCUGAACUCGGCGAUCCAGGGAUCACUACCCAAGAAAGAGAUAUUUUACAAGUUAUCGACCUCGAAAAAGACCACAGAGAGUAUACAUGGACCCGGAUCUUCAAAAAAGAUGAGGUUCAAACCCGUCGUCGAGUGCUUCUGGCCUGGGGCAUGCAAUUCAUGAACCAAGUUUGCGGUAUCAAUCUCAUCGUGUACUUCAUGCCAUCUGCACUCCAAGACAACGUCGGCCUAUCGCAUAACAUGUCCCAGUUGCUCGCUGGGGUGAUCAACUGCAUGUUCCUGGUUGGCGCAGCUAUCCCUUCGUUCCUCCUGGAUCGGAUGGGUCGACGCGGCCCCAUGAUAUACGGCUCCGCUGGUCUCGGGAUCUGCAUGCUAUUCGUUGCCAUACUGCUCAGCUUCCAAUCCCCUGAUCAUUCGCACAGCUUAACUCACGCGACAGCCUCGGCAAGUAUCGCCUUCUUCUUCGCAUACAUGAUCAUCUACUCCGCGACUGCUGCGGUUGUACCUUGGGCAUACGUGCCAGAAAUUCUUCCUCUGCAUGCCAGAGCAAAGGGAACAGCUAUUGGCAUUUCUUCAAACUGGCUCUGGAACUUUGCGGUUGUUAUGAUCACGCCUACUAUUAUCGAUCGCCUGAAGUGGAAGGCCUACCUCAUUUUUAUGUGCACUAACUUUGCUUUCAUUCCUCUGGUCUAUUUCUUCUACCCGGAGACUACCAAUCUCACUCUGGAAGAAGUCGACUAUCUAUUCAUUGAAGGCGGAUGCUCAGCUUCGGUCGCGUCCGUGUCAAAACAUGUUGCUAAUCCUCUUAGUGGUCGGGAAAACUUGCAGCUUGUAGAGGAAGAGCAUGAAAAAGACAUCUCGAGCACUCGAUCAUCGGACCCACAACCAUCCUCUCCGAGUUCUGCCCCGGAGAACCUGGAAGAUUCCGAGGUACACGGAUCCCCGAACAUCGGAAUCAGUGGACAAAACAUUCCCCUGGAGUCUGGCUAUCUACAAGGGGAUUUUAACUCGUCGACAACUCGGUCAAGGCUUCUCGUACAGAAUGCCCCGGUUGACACGACUAUUUUGGAUGAAAACCUUGGCCAGGCUUCAUUGCCUACAACCUGCCUUCCGAAUACACCAUCCCUAUCCAACCCCACGAUAUUGAGCGUUCAACCUCAUGCCACUCCUGAUAAAGCAGAAGCUUACAUCUAUAGUUUCUACCUGCAAACAGCUGGACCUUGGUUGGACAUAGUAUCUCCAAAUCGGUUCUUCGGCAUCCAUGUCCCACAAAUUGCAGCCAAUGAACCGGCGCUCUUUUCUGCCUGUCUGGCGUAUGCGUCACAGGUGCUCUAUUUGCAUAAUCGCAUCCCAAGUCGGAUCAAAGAAAGCUUGCAUGAUCGGGCAGUGACGCAGCUUACUCCUAUGCUCACCUCGUUCCACGAAGGCCACCCACUCGGAUCUAUUCUUGCCACAACUGUCCUCCUUCGCAUGUCCGAACAGUUUCUAGAGCUUGGUGAAGAUCACCAACAUCACCUUUAUGGGAGCUCCACUCUUUUUCAGGUCUGCUUGGAUGAAUGGUCGUUAUUUGACGAUUCUCUGUCCAGCACUUCAUUUUGGGCAUACCUAAGAGGCAGUAUCCGAGUUUCCUUCAUGCUGGAGAGGCCAUCUCCUUUUGAAUUAGGCAGAUCAAAUAUUUUGCAAGAUCUUUUUAAAAAUAGCAAAAUGACUGAUGAGGCCUACACUAACGCCAUCACCUAUCUGCUGGCUGAGAUAUGCACUGUGUUCUGGGGACAGACGGACUCUGCCGUGGAUAUCACCUCAAAGAUGAAGAGCUUGGAGGGCGCAAUAUACAAGUGGAGAGACCAUCUUCCAGCAUCAUUCCAACCUUGGUAUAUCGAGUUUGGAGAGAAUGACACAUUUCCAGAUGUGCGUUAUCUAGCACCGUGGCACUGCGUUGGAUGGCAAUUCUUUUACGCCGCUCAGAUCAUGUUCGCUGUCUAUUCCCCUACAAUCCCCGAGGGAUUAAACGUUUUCAAUUUGACGAGGGCGAUAGAAGAGAAGAUUGCUAUGCCCGCCCGUUGGCUAUGUGGUACAACAUCAUCUUCAGGAGACUGCGGCGUGAAAAUCAAUGGUAGUCACCUUGUUGCCUGGAGCGCUCAGUUUGUCACGGGAAGGGCAGAACAGAGUGCUAUUCUCAACAUGCUUAUUUCUCUGUGGGAAGAAACUGGAUGGCCGAAUCAAACAAGUUGUUCACGACUCAAGGGUCUUUGGAACGGCACGCGGCGGCAUUGGACGAGCGAUGAGGUGUCUACUUGA